AAUCGUAAAAGAAGAAUUUUUGACAACUGACGUUGUUCAGAAAAUGGCGAGAUGUUAGUGAAGUAUUUAUUAUAGUUUGUAGUUGUUUUUAAUAACAAGAAGUGAAAUUUUUAGAUUUAAUAAAUAAUUUUAUGUUGAAUUCAAUGUGUAUCAAUAUAUUUAUUUUUAAUCAUUGGUUUCUAUGGCAAACGACAAGGAAGAUUUUUUCGAUGCAUUUAAGAAUACAUCAAUGAACAAAAUUGAAAAAUUCAGUUUCAAGAAAAUUGAUAAGAGUUCUACAAAACCUCACGUAACAGAAAAAAUAUCGCAUUUUUUUAAACCUGUUGAGAAAAAGGUAAUACCAAAAGAUAGUAUUGAAGAUGAGCUAGAAGCUAUUUUUCAUGAACCUUUUCCUAUCAGACCAAGCGAAAUAUCUUCGAAUUUAACGGAUCCAAAUAAAAAUAAUUCUACUCAUCAAAUCAACAAGCAGUCAAAGUUCAAUUUUAAAGCCACAUUAAACAAAACUGCUCAUAUUUCUAAUGUUGAAGCCACAAAUAACUUUGAGAAUAAUACGAAACCCUCUAAUAACAAGAAUUAUAGUUUGAAUCAAAGCAAGACAAAUUAUAUCUCUCCCAUAAAACCAAAUUUUAAAAAACUUACUUGCACCACUUCUUCAGAUGAAUUUGAAGUUAAAGAGACAACACAGGAAACAUCUCCGAAGAAUAAAUCGAAACAUAGUCCAAAAUUAGUGAUUCCUAAAAGCUCUCAAAAAUUCAAAUUCAAAAAGACUGUAACUAAUAUUUCUGCCGUAUAUGAAUCAAUUUUUGGUAAUAGCUCAAAUAAAGAAUGUUUAUCUACAGACGUUGUAAAGGUACAGACUAGUAGAAAUAUUUUUGAUGUUACAACAGAAGAAAAAAUACCUGAGGAUGAGAAGCAAAAUGAUUUAAAUAUAUCAAGUUCAACAGAUGAUUUCCCAAAAAUCAGUAAUUCAAACAAACCACUAAAAUCUGAUACUUCAGCUUGCGAGAGUCCCAGUUUCCUCUCUUUAAAGAGUAGAUGUUGUGUGGUUUCUGAAGAAUCUGUUUCCCAAUCUCCAGUUGCACAGCAACUAGAGGUAUCAAAUGAUCAAGUAAAAUUCGACAAACAUAAAAAUUCAGUAAGCAACAAAUUUUUAGACGACGAGAUAACUAUUAUCAGUCAGUCAUUAGCUGCUUCUGAAGAUGAUUAUAUGGAUGAUGAAACUUUUGAAAGGAUAUUUGGUGGCACAACUGAGAAUGCAAAUAAUCAAGAUGAAGAUAUCAAUUUAAACACUAUUGAUUGGAAAGAUGAUUUUGAAAAAAAUAUUGAAAAUGAUGUAGCAUCUACAUCACAAAAUUCGGAACAUUGCUAUACAGAAGAAGUAUCUGCUAUAAAUUGGAAUGAAGAUGUUUUUGAUGAGGAUACAGAUACACCUGUAAUUAGUUUCAAGGAUCGAGAUGAUAACACUUUGGAAUUUAGAAAAAAUUAUCAUUUCUCAGAUACUGUGGAAGAAGUUUUGCAUCAAAAGUUUGGUCUACAAACAUUCAGGCCCCAGCAACGUGAAAUUAUUAAUGCAACAUUAAACAGGCAUGACUGUUUUGUUCUUAUGCCAACAGGAGGAGGGAAGAGUCUUUGUUAUCAACUUCCAGCCAUUUUAAGUGAAGGAGUCACAAUAGUUAUUUCUCCUCUUAGGGCACUAAUUGGAGACCAAGUAGAUAAAAUGAAUGGUCUAGACAUUCCAGCUGCUCACCUUUGUCAGGAUGUUAGUUUAGAAGAUACGAAUCGAAUUAUGACUAAAUUGUAUUGCAGAGAGCCACUAAUAAAAUUAUUAUAUCUUACACCUGAAAAAAUUAUGGCAUCCAAAGCCGUUAAUGAUGUGUUAAAGAAUUUGUAUCAAAGGGGAAAGUUGGCUAGGUUUAUUCUUGACGAAGCUCAUUGCUUAUCACAGUGGGGUCACGAUUUUAGGCCCGAUUAUAAACAGCUUACUUUUCUCAAACGUGAGUUUACAGAUGUUCCAAUUAUGUGCCUUACAGCGACCGCUACCAAACAAGUAGAAAAUGAUGUUAUCAAUAUUUUAAAAUUGAAUAAUAUUAAAAGAUUCAUCAUGAGUUUCAAUAGGCCCAAUAUUAAAUAUCAGGUUAUACCAAAAAAAGGUAAAUUUGCUAGUGAAGAAAUAAUACAAUUAAUUAAAAAGAAAUUUCUUAAAAAAUCUGGAAUAAUAUAUUGUUUAGCACGGAAUGAUUGCGAAUAUUUAGCUGACAUGUUAAACAAAGCUAAUAUCAUGUCAAGACCAUACCACGCUGGUAUGUCGGAUAAAGUCCGUAAUGCAAUUCAAAGAGAAUGGAUGCAAGAUAGGUUUUUUGUUAUAGUUGCCACAAUUGCUUUUGGAAUGGGUAUUGACAAACCUGAUGUGAGGUUUGUAAUACAUAAUUCGUUACCUAAAUCAGUUGAAGGUUUCUAUCAAGAAUCAGGAAGAGCAGGACGAGACGGAGAUAUUUCAUACUCAUAUUUAUUUUAUAAUUACUGUGAUGUUUUGCGUUUACAAAAGUUGAUGCAACUGGAUAGAAAAAGCAAUGCGAGUGUCCGCGAAGGCCAUAACAACAAUUUGAAACAAAUGGUUUCGUUUGCAGAAAAUAUGGUCGACUGCCGUCGUUACUUACAAUUAAUACAUCUCGGAGAAAAUUUUAAUAGACAACUCUGUAUCAAAAACAAGGCAACUACUUGCGAUAACUGUGAAAAUAUCGAUACCUAUAGUAGCGUAGAAGUAACAAAAGAUGCCAAACAACUAGGAAUAUUAGUAAAAGAUCUGUCAGCGAAAUCAAAUGUAACCAUGUUACAUGUAGCAGACGUUUAUAAAGGAUCUAAAAUACAAAAAAUUUUCAAAAUGGGUCACGAUAAACAUCGACUAUACGGAGCGGGUUCUUCAUUCAAUAAAAAUGAUAUACAAAGGAUUUUAAAAACUAUGGUGUUGAAGAACGUUUUAGAAGAUAAAGUAAUUUACGCAGGAGAAUAUCCUGUUGUUUAUAUAACGACAGGAAAAAAGUUUAACGCUUUAAACGCACCAGACCUAAAAAUAACCAUACCUAUUAAUAAAAAAUCUGUAAAUAAAGUAAACUCUACAAUAGAAGAUAAUGAGGGCGAAGAAGAAGAUUCUAUAGAAGACAGACAAGUUCCAGGGCCUUCUAAACCUCUUCCUAUAAACACCAACAAAGUGAAAAUCGCAUCUUAUUCCAAAUUCAAUAAAACGAAAAUAAAUAAUCUCAAAGUACAAUGUCACGAAGCUUUAUUGGAAGAAUGUCGAAAAUUAGCGCUGGAAAGAAAUUUAACUUUAUCCGCAAUCAUGAAUCUAACAGCCAUUAAGACAAUGUCCGACGUUUUACCAAAGACCAAAGAGGAGUUUUUGAAAAUACAGCACGUCACUGCGGCUAAUUAUAAAAAAUGCGGGGAAAAUUUCUUGGCCAUAACGUCGAAAUUUCGCGAACAAGUUGAUGCCUUAGGAACGGCGCCAAAAAUAACAGAAUCCUCAUCGUUUGGUAGUAGCUUUGAUGACGAAAGUGAUUGGAAAAAUCCACCAGUACCUUCACAGAGAGGUACUAAACGAAAAUGGACGGGCGGAUAUAACUGGAAAAAUAAAAAAGGGAAAAAGAAAAGAACCGCGAAUAGUCCUAAGAAAAAAACGUCGCCGAAAAGUAAAUACAAGAAAACGGGGUGGAAAAGCAAACGCGGUGGUGGUAAAGGCGGUGGUAGUUCAAUUGGAUUGAUGCCGUUACAUUUCAAGUGAUUGUUGUUGUUGACUAAUCUGUAUAUAUGUAUAUUGAUAAUUUAUAGCAUCUAUAUUUGUUUAUCAUGUUUUGUAUUACAACUUAUUUUUUUAA